GCCUGUCACUGGUGUCCGGGAGCUGCCCGAGGACCCCGCUCGCAGGGCCUGGCCUAGGACCAGGUGACAGGUGCCAGCGCGCUGGGCGAUGAGGCUGCUGGCGGCAGCCCUGUGGCUGGGUCUGGUGCUGGUGGUCUCUGGGAACAAGGAUGUCCCGUGCGUCUAUGAGGCUCUGGCGGAGGCAGACACUGGGUUAUGCAAGGGCCUUGAAGUUUUCUACCCGGAGUUGGGGAACGUCGGCUGCAUGGUUGUUCCUAAAUGCAACAACUUUAGACGUAAGAUCACCAGCUGGACAGAGCCGGUAGUCAAGUUCGCCGGUGCCUCAGAGGGUGGGAACUACGUCCUGGUGAUGGUGGAUCCAGAUGCCCCCAGCAGGCGCAACCCCAAAGCGAGAUUCUGGAGGCACUGGAUGGUGGCAGACAUCAAGGGUUCUUUAGCUGUCUUUAGCUCUUUGCGAGGUCGUGCUGAUGGUCUGCUAGCCCAUGAGAGAAUUCUGGACGACCAGAGGGCCAUCCGCAAGGGCAUGCGUCUUUCCUGCUGGCCUAAGGCAGGGGAAGGGCAGCCAGCCAGCUACUGA